AUGGUAGCCUUGGUGAAGAAAAUAAAUGCAGAAACAACCAGGGAAGACAAGCAAUUAGACAACUCAACAGUAUUCUAUGGUUUGGCAGAUCAAGACAUAAGAGAAAUACAAAGACAAAAUCAAAUAACGAAGCAAAUACUUCAGAACUAUUUGGAGAAAAGAUUGUAUGGAAAAGGCUUAUCCAGAACUCCGAGUUUGUUGGAAAUUCUCCCUACAGGCCGUAUCGUACGAACACCUCUGGCCAAUAAUAUACAGGGUGUUAUAACAAAUUCAACGGACGAUUAUGAUCUUAGAGAAACAUUGGAAGGUGAAGAAACGAUGACGGAUAGUGCGUAUUAUGAGGAUUUUGACGAUGAUGAAGAUUGUCCUAACUGCAUAGAAGAUUUACCAGCGUUGAACAGAUGGACGAUGCCUUUGUUAAAAUUAGGCGAAAAAAGAUAUUAUUUAGGAAUAUUUUUUAAGGCGAAUUAUUUCAAAGCGACGCAGUAUUGCCGGUUUCACGGCAUGCACUUAGCCAGCAUAACGUCGCAAGAAGAGAACGACAAACUUGAGAAAUACAUCAAAGAUUUUGGUUUUGGCAAUGAACACUUCUGGACGUCGGGUACUGACUUAGCCGAAGAAGGUAACUUCUUCUGGAUGUCCACCGGCCGUCCAAUAACCUUCACCAACUGGAACGCCGGGGAACCCAACAAUUUCGAGUACGAAAAUGGCGAGCAAGAGAACUGUCUGGAACUCUGGAACAGAGAUGGAAAAGGCCUGAAAUGGAACGACUCGCCUUGUUCGUUCGAAACGUAUUUCGUAUGUGAAGUUCAGCCCUGAAGCGUGUCUAGUGCGAUUAGUCAGUAUGGACCACAACAAAUAUAUAAUUAAAAAGAAAGUUCAAAAUAUGUAAAUAUAGAUACUGUGAAGUGAUAAUACCUAGGAUAAAUUGUAUGCUAGUGAAUGAGUUAAGGUUGUAUCUUUAGUUGUAAGCUAACAAAUUUAUGGUAAUGUAGAAUAUUUAAAGACUUUUUUACAUGUUGUUAUUAGUUUUUACUCUCUUUAUAACAUACAAAAGGUUUAGUUAGAAAUAUAAAUUUUUCAGUUUUGCUAGAUUGAAACACAAUGUACAUUUUUAUUUUGAAUUGAAAAAUAUAACGCUCUUAAAAGUCUUAAUAUUGCAUAAUAUAUUUUAUGUGAUUGUGGGUAAUUCAAACUACCUUAAACUACAAGAAAUCUUAUGAUCAAGAACAUGACUUUGAAAUCGUAAUUUUCUUGAUCAUAAGAUGGGUUUCUUUCAGUGACAUUACAUCAUAAAUCAUAGCCACUAUUUUAUAGGUCUGUUGAUUAGGAGCAAAAGCAAAAGCAUGGUUUUAAUGUAAAAAAUACGAAAAAAUGUUAUAAUGGUAUAAUGUGUCGUCUUCAAAAGCCCUAACUUAACCUAACCUAACACCCCCCCCCCCU